GCUGCUAAGAAUUUCUCCAGAACUCCAACCUCUUGGGACGCUGAAGAUGAUAUUUUAUUAAUGCAUUUAAAGGAUGAGCAAAAAUUAGGUUGGAAAGAAAUUGCUAGUCAUUUUAAUAACCGUACUCCAAAUGCUUGUCAGUUUAGAUGGAGACGUCUUAAAUCGGGUAAUUUGAAAAAUCCGCCUAAAUCGGCUUCUUCCAUUGGCACUCCUCCCCAAAAUUCCAAAAUGAAUAGUCCAAUUUCUUCAAAUCAAUCCAUAAAUAAAAAACCUUCCAACAAAAAAAUUAAAAAGGAGCAGCCUGGUGGUGGAUUUCCUUCAACUUAUUCUCCGAUAAGCAAUGCUACUUUCACUGGUUAUGAUAAUACUAUUUCAAAUGCUUUAGCUGGUUUAAAUGCAUUAUCAAAUACUCCUUCUUCAAUUUCAAGUCCAGCUCCUCCCCAAACUAAAUAUAUUAAUACUACUAAUCAUCCUCAAACUUUUGAUAAAUCUCCUGAUUCUGAUCAAAAUGAAGUUUCUCUUGAUCCUCAAUCUCAUAAUAACAUUCCUCCAAAUGCUGGUGGUGGUUAUUAUGCAGAUAUUUCAAUUGAUCCAACAAUGAAUUUGCCUCAUAAUCAACCUCAUCCUCAUGGUCCAGCUGCUUUAACUACACCUCGUCAUUCCAUAGGUCAUGCUUCAGCUUUAAAUAAUUCUACUUCCAAUAACAAUCAUCAUGGUCGUCAUAACUCAACAACUGGUGCUUCUUCUCAUCUACAUACUGCUACAACUGCUCCUAAUUCAAAUAUUCAUAAUAAUUCUAUUAUUCAAAUCGUACGUGAUGAACGUAAUUCAAUUACUGAUACUAGAGCUUCAAUCUCUUCUCUUCCUUCAAAAUCAAUGAAUAUUCCUCAUCACCAACUGAAUAAUAACGCUUUGGCUCAUUUACCAAUUCUUUUCGGCGCUGGUGGUAGUAUAAGUGGUCCCUCACGUAAUUCAAGUAUUAGUGGUGCUGCUGGUAUAAUACCUCAAACUUCAGUUCCAAGUUUAAGAAAUGGUAGUAUCGUUGGUGGAACAAGUAUAAGUGGAAAUUCAAGAGCUUCAAUAAGUGGUCCGCCUUCUAAUUUACCUGGUCAUGGCCUGGGUUAUUAUUCUAGAUCAGGAUCAGUUGUAAUUCCUUAUAAUGCUGAUCGUAAAGAAGACGAAGUUUAUAAAUAUGAUACUAAAAAGUUUUCUUCAAUUUCAAAUUCAUCUAAAAAACCGAAAAAGAAAAAAUCAAAAAAUGAUAAUAAAUCUUCUAAACAAGGUCCUGAAAUUUCAUUACCUUGGUCAAUGGAAGAAGAUGAAUUAUUAAUUAAUCGUCGUACUCGUGAAUUAUCAUUUGCUGAAUUAUCAAUCUUAUUGCCUCAACGUACUGAAGGUGAAAUUUGGUCAAGAAUUGAUUAUUUAGAAAAACUAAGAAAUGGUCAUCGUCUGUCUUCUUCUCGUGAUCCUCGUCGUCGUAAAUCUUCAAUUGGUCUUGGUGAUGUCGAUGAUCUUUAUGAUGAUGUUGAUGAUGUAAUUGGUGGUAUUGGUGUAAGUGAAGAUGAAGAAGAUGACGACGAAGAUGACGAUGUCUUAGUUGAUGGCGUUGAUGUUGAUGAUAAUCUGUAUGUUAACUCUAGAAAAAGACGGAAAAGAAGAGCCAGCUCUGCCGUUAAUCCUCUUAGUGUGGGUAACUCCAUUCGAGAAAAACUACGU